AAUCGUCGUUGAACUUAGUUUUUAAACAGAGGCGUUGCGAGUAGACUGGAUUUGUUGUGCUGUUGAAAAUUCAAAUUCUGUUUAAAGCUUAUUCUGCUGGACGAUGGAGGUUGAUUCUGAUUAUGAGUUUAAUGCGCCAAAAUAUAUCGACUUCUUGUCAAAUGAACCCGAAAAUGAACAGAUUGACACCUGGUUUGAUGAGAAUCCAGAUGGUCAUGAAGGUGGGAUAAGAUUUAGCCAAGUCCCCUACAUUGCUCAGCAUUUUAAUUACCAGGCGGCCACACAAGCUAUUUCAGCUGCACUAACUGCCACGGAUGGCUUUGAAGGAGUUUCCAGAGAUGAAACAGCUCAAAAUGAAAGUAACUGCAAAUCAAAUCAAAACAUUGAAAAUCAAGUACCUCAUGUCGAAUCGGAUAACACACAAAGUAUGGUUAUUUGUCAGGAACAGCAGGAUUUAGGUAAAGCUAAAGAAAAUACACCAGACAAUUCGAGCGAGAAUAGUCUUGGCAAUGACGCAAAUAAGGAGGAUAGUGGCAGAAAUAAAAUCAUCGAGGACCAACAAUUGAAACACAGUGAAGAUGAGGCUAUGAAGAAGAAAAGUGUAAAAAGGGCAACAAGGUCUUGUACACCAGAUCAAAAGAAAAGGACACCAAUCUCCGCGUUGAGGAAAAGAAAGCAUUCAUGGAAUCAAAAUGCAUCCGCUGAAAAAGCAAAGAAACCUGGUAUUGGUGAUGUUGUUGAAGAGAAGAAACCAAAAAUGGAAAUGAAAAAACCUUUGAUAACAAUGCCAAAUACUCCAUCUUUUCUAAGGAGAUUGAGGGGUAAAAACGGCAAUGUUAAAAAGACAAGUGAAGCACUUGAAAUAGAAAGAAUCAAAGCAUUGCAAAAUGAGAUGAAGAAAAAACUGAAGAGCAAUGAGACAUUCUUGCAAAAAGCUCUAGCACCUCAAGCAGUCAUGCAAACCAAACGUGCCACAGAAGUGACAAAAACAAUUGAAUUCAAUUUUGCCACUGAUGCAAGAAUCAAACAGCAUCCAAUGAAAACAAGAUCAGAUGCUUCAGAUAAUGAGAAGUUUACGGAUCAACUGCGCAAACAUCCUCCAUCACCAAAAUUCAAGAACAGAAAGCCAACAAAACCACAACCAUUCAACUUUUCAGCUGGAGUGAAGCCAGGGAAAUCAGACCAAACUGGAAAAUGGAAAUCAGUUGCAACAGCAGUUAAUGAAUUCCAGAAUAAGACUCCAGAAAGAUGGAGAUCACGUCCUACAAAUAUGCAGAACGUUGGCCCCCAAAUGAGCGAUAAAUGCAAAACAAAGAUGGAAUUGACCCACCCUAAAACGCCCCAGCUUGUGACAAAAGGCCGUUCAAGACCCGUGUCAACUGUCAGUCAGGCGGAAAUCGAAGAGAAGAUCGCAGAGGAGGUUUCAACCUUUAAAUUCAAAGCGACAGAGUUCAACCACAAGUUGGUCGAGAUGAGUGGUAUGUACGGAGUCGAGCCAAUCAAGCACUUACCUGUGACUGAGGUGAAACCCUUCAGCUUCAAUUCCGAUGCGAGGCUGGAGCAUCGCAAGAAGCACGAGGAAGAGAAGAAAAAGGAAGAAUUGACCAACAAACAGCAAGAGCGGGAACACGUGGAGAAAAGAAAUUCAUCCCUCGAUUCAAACCCGGCUAAGAAACGACCCAAAGUAACGGAACCGAAACCGUUCAGUUUUGAGUCUAGGGACAAAGAAAUGUUUCAGAGAAAACAGGAAAAGAUUUUGAAAAUCUACGAAGAUGAAGAGAAGGCUAGAGAGUUCCAUGCACAGCCUCUUCCAAACCUUUCUCCAGAUCUAAUACCAGUAAAGUUAGGAAAACACACGGAAGUUGCUGCUUUCAACUUGGCAACCGACGAGCGCGGAAACUUAAAACAGGAGAAAUGGAACGCCCAGGUUGACCAAGAGAUGGCUGCAGUGAAAGAGAAGUCAAGUUUUAAAGCCCGACCUUGCACCGUUAUCCACAAGGAAGGGUUCAAGCCAAAGCCAGUCGCGAAACCGUUAGUAGAAAUAAGCGAGUUUAAACUUAACACGGGAGAAAGGUCGAAGAAAAGAGAGAGUUAUGAAAUAAUGAAAAGAGAAAUGCAAAGAAUAAAAGAAGACGAGAUGCAACAGGUUUUAAAAGAGAGAAAGGAGGAAGAAGAACGGCAAUUUGCUCUCCUCAGGAAACAAACUAUUCACAAAGCAAAUCCUGUCAGGAAUUUUGGGGACUUUGAAGUGAAGCCGAGCGAAAAACCAUUAACUAUGGCAAUGACGCCUAAUUUCGAGACCAAAAAACGAUUUGGCAAGCUGUCGAGAGCUUGAAGAUGCAGCAUGCCACUCACAUUAAAAUCAUAUAGAGCAGCUACGCGAUCGAAUUGUCUAUUGUAUUAUAUAACUCUUGUUUCAAUCGAACACAGCUGCAUGUUAUGAAAAUAUAUGUAUCAUAUUUUUUUGAUUCGUUGAAUAUCUAUGUGGGAAGUCGUUGUAAUUUAAAGAGUAAUCCAUUCUCAUUUCAGUUGUGAAUGCACCACUGCAUAUUCCGCUAUUAUCUUUUCCAAUAAUCAAAGUAAGGCUUGUAAAGAUUCACCGUUGUAUGAUAAUUUCACCCAUCCUGUGAUAUUUUUUAACUCUUUAACUGCGAAAUAAUAACUGUCAAAAUGUUUUGAUUGGCAUUCAUUUUUGAGCAAAUAAACCAGGUUUUUACUCUCUUCCUCACUAUUUGCAAGAAGCUUAAAUUAUAAGUUAGUUGCUUUUCAACAACGAAAUCUUAUAUUGCCUUUGUUUAAAUGAAACAGUAAUUUUGGCUGUUUUAACAUAUUGUUUAGGGAUCUUAUGUAUUCUGCAACGCGCGUUAGAAGAUAGUUUUAUUUAUCGUCUUUUAAUUCUUAUCCAUGAAAUAACAUGAUUUUUCAGUCCUGUGUGAUUA